AACAUGAUGACGGAUGAGCAAAUAGUUCGGAUAAUGUAGCUCUUUCCUGCCCCUGUCCCUCGGCAUGUGUGAGCUUACUAAAUGUAAAAAAGGCUUAAGCCCGUGAAGCGUCUUGUCGAGAUUUCGAAUUUCUGGGCGAGUAAGACUGAGAGCCAAGUUCUUUGAUACAAUUUACCUCAGCUUCACCACAAAGCUAAGUUGUCCUCAAAACGAUAGCUCAUGAACCAAUCAAAACAGUAUAAAGCAGCUUUUGAGGUCCCUGAUCAGCCCUAUUGAUUUGGAUAUCUAUCGGUUUACGAACGGUUCCGGAAACAACCGAAGCACAAUCGGAUAUCAUGAGGACUGCCACAAAAGUGGAGUGCUAAAACAAAGUACAUGUACAUGUAAUCGUUCUUAUGCUCUUUACAUGUAUACGUUACCUUUCCGUUCUGUUAUUCUUUCUGGAGUAUCAAAUUCAUACUUUGGGAACAACUAUGUUGAUAAUAUGGCCUUAUAAUGUCUUACAUUGUCUUUCAAAUGGAUUAAUGGAACAUGACGAGGAUUCGACAUUGAUCGAUUGGUUAUGAAUCUGAUAAGUUACGCGUAUGGAUAUCAGUGCGUACAUGUGUUUUGUUUUUUUGUUGGGUCCGUGUUGGUCCCUGAAGUGAUUUUUAGAACUGGAUUCUUACUUUAAUAUAGAUGGCAGCCAAAAACACUGUCUUUGCUCCAACCAGCUACCCUGAUGUUCUGACUCUGUAUAAUGGCGAAGCAGCCGUAUCACGGACGCGGCAACGUAAAACGUGCGAACGCAAAACAUCCUUCUUUUUGUAAAAACACAUUUGAAACCGCAUCAGGAGCCCUUGGUCUGGUUGGAUCGUGCGACAUCAUGUCCGCCGCCAAGUGCACUGACAACAUGACCAUCGGCCUUACCAACGCCGAAAACAAUCCAGAUGACGUUGCUGGCAAACUCUGCACCAUUCGUCUUGGUGACAUUGAGAGCUGUCUGAAUACACACCUGCUCGGAUGUUCCAAAGAUAGUGCGACCAACGUGGAUACCAUGAAAAUCAGAUUCGAAAAGAUGAAGGCAAAUUUAACUCAUAUUUGCAACAGUGUGAACGGUUGUGAUAACAUGGUCCAGCGCUCAUUGGAUCUCACCCAAUGCUUCAGUAUAGAUGUGACUGAUAAAGACCAGAGUUGCAGCGCCAUGUCGACACUUUUGAAGUGCGUCGACAAAUUUAUGGGCGAUUGUGACUUGCUGAAGAAAAACUUCAUAGACAAUAUUCAAAAAGUAAAUGACCAGGCGAAAAAGAUGGGCUGCGGUGGCUCAUCGAAAACAUUACAUUCUUUGCUUUGGACUACCAUGGCGAUAGUGGUAACAAUCUCGGUCACGAUUUAGGAUGGCGAGAGUUCAAUGUACAGCUGCACGGUGUCACAGCAAUUCACCAGACUAUUGUAAACAAUGAACAGUACAGCUGAUGCGAACCUAAACGUCCAAAGGUGUUUUUCAUUCCCGCACCCAUGGUUUUGCUCACUUCUAUGAGUUGAUAAUUGAAGGACGAUUCUUGUGGAAAAAAAACAUUUCUAUGUGUGUGCAAUGUCGAUCUGUCCUGCCAAGUCCCUGCCGUCCCACCAAUGAAAGCAUUCACUUUAACGAUUGCAGUUUGGUUAUGAUUGAUACCAGUGACUUACGAAGGGAUAACAAAUGCAUGGACAAUUAAAUCUGUAUUGUGUCAUUAUUAAAGGCCGGCUGUACCAUGGGGCUUUCCCGCCGCCAGGCCAGCGCCUUGGUUAUUCAAAUUACCCGUCGCUAUAGCGCCAGGAAGCGGAAGUACCAGCAAGAGACGCCAACUCCUCCCGGCAGAUAUUUUACUGUAAUAAGAUAAACGUUGGGGCCGAGUAUAGUUUCCCCCUCGGCGACCGCAGCGGGAAAGCGCCGAAGUGGUGUCGGACCUUACUAUGGAUGUACUUCAAAUUCAUGAGAUGUAUCUUGGCUGAGAAAGAGCGCUUUGUUGUCAAGAACGUGGCAAAGGGUUCCUAGCCUUCGAUGAAUUAUUUCGCGGCUUUAGUUAAUAGGCAAAUUUCGCAACCUACGAGCUACGCAUUUCGUACUUCAUCGUUCGUAACUUUUCGUGAGGGUUGCAAAACCUGCCUAUCUAGUUCGGUAGUGGACAUCAGUUCACUUUCGUUGGUGACACACGCAAUUAGCUGGUGAGGUCCGUAGGACAUUUUCUAGAUCAGUGUGUAGAAGUCUGAAAAAGUUCUCGGCAAAGUUUUUGAAAUUUCGUAUAAUUUACCAUUGUUUUGAUGCACUUUGAUAUCACAGGCGUACAUAUUAUAACAAUACUCGUGCCUUUUGUACUUCUAUAUAGAUAGUAUAUGUCAGAGGAGUCACGGGCAGCUAAAAUACUCGGACGUGUAGACCCAUUCCUGUGACGUCAUCUACAUUUGUGCAAAUCAUUUUUCACUGUUAGUAUCAUCUCGUUAUGGGCGGUCAUAAGUCAUGUUUAUAUAGAGUUUCAGAGGGUUUCACAAAAAUAUUAGGGACUGCAUUAGUGUCAAGGGCCUUGAGGAGAACAUGGCGGUAGUCGAUGGAUUAUCCGCAUCAUAUAUAUACCGAAACAAUUCCGCGGAACGUAUACAGCCAUACGUAUAGUAAAGCUGGUUCACCAUUUUAACAGCAUAUUGCAGAAGACUGCCAUUGACGGGCAUUGUUGAUAUUCAUCCAUAUUUAUUGCAUAAUAUUAUAUUCAUUUACCAUAAUUCUCCAUCAAAAUUCUCAUCAACAUUCACCUAGAUUUCACUUUACGUAAUCUAUGGUUACUGAUAUGCAAAUAAACCACAGGAAGGGUCGACACUUUAAGAGCUUUUCUGGAAGAUCGUUUCUGGUUUUUAAGAAUAAAACAUGCAGUUAUCAACACUUUGCUAAAGAAGGCAAAAGAGAAACAGGCCGGAAGUCACUCAAUUGCAAAAUGACCAGUUGUGAUUGGCUCAGAUCUAAUGUAUACACCGGUGAUGCAGUAUUCUGGUGUUGUGAUUGGGCCGAAUACAACCGGAAGUUUCUCUAAUUCUGCUUUUGGAGAGAGAGAGUGCCUGACCACGAACACCAUCAAGUUUCAUGAUUUCUUAAAGUUUUGGAAAUUCCAUUAAAAGACUUUCUUAAAGACUAGAAAACUAAAUGUACUCAAGUACGAUAUGCGGAAGCGUAUUUGUAUAUAAUCAGCUAGAAUAUAAUAUACACCUGUAGUAGAAAUGGACACAAUUGUUGUAUUGAUAACAUUAUGUAAUAGUUACUGAAGAUAUGUGUAAAAUUUUAUACGUUGUGUGAAUGUGUUUAUUGGUGAUGUAUAUACUAUCAGUAGUUACUAUUUCAAAGCUUAAAAUAUCAUUGUGAUGUCGUCACUCGUGCAUCCACUUCGUAACGCCAAUUCGCCACUUUCUUCAAGCAGACACCGUCAGGUGACAUGUUUCGACCAAUCAAAACCCCCGUAUGUGAUCAUGCAUGGUCGUGCUGUCUGUGCCGAACAAGUGUGACAGCUCUUCUGAUUCGUCGAUACCUGUCAGGAACUCCCAAAAUGCUGCUUGAGGGAAUUGAUGAAUGCGUGAAGUGAAUCCUGGAUUGGUAUACCUGAUAUUGCAGGACUCAUUUCGACCUUUUCUAGGGAGUAAAUCGUGUACCAAUCUAAAGUGUCAUGGGUUUUUGAGAGGCCUGGUUUCAUUUCAUCGCAAACAUGUAAUCCCAGAAUGAUUUCGUUAGAAGAUUAUGCAACUGUUUCAAGUUGAAUAUCAAACGCUUGAGUUAAUAAUUGUGGAAAUUGUAUGACGACUCAACCUUAAUAAAACAAUGCAAUUUUCAAACGAAACGAGAUGGUGUAUAGGCUUUUUACUUACCGACCCCAAACAAGAAAACUUGAAGUAUUUAAAACGUUUCCAUGAUAUACAUCUAUUUAAAAUGGAACAUCGUAUCAGAAUGAUCGGUCUGGAGAGCACUCUGCUAGUGUAAUCCUGCGCCUGACAGCUUUACGAAAGGGCGAUGAACAAGAAAAGUGUGAGAACAAGGAUUAAAUGACAUGAUGCAGUUCAUAUCACACAAUCAGUACUAUUUUUGUCCCCGAUACUCUAGAAAUAGGCCCUGCUUGUUCGUAAAGACAGUUUGUCAAUCAAUAUAUUUAAGUCGUAUAAUUCGAGAUUCUUUUAAAAACUGCUGAGCCAAGGCUUUGGGGGCACUGACUUACUAGUAUAGGCCUAUCCUAUUCGGGGGCAAUAGCAAUGGCUACAUUAAGGUAAACAAUUUCAGACACAGAAAUAAAACCUCCUGAGAUUUGGUGACAUCAGCAACAUGAGCGACCAUCUUAAAAUAAAAUUACCCUAUCAUUACGCUUUAUCUUCAGGUAUAAUUUUUCACAUUCUACUUUUCUCUUGGGAUAAUGAGUGUGCCAGCAGAAACCAUGAGUCAUUUUCUUUAAAAUUCUCGAACACGCGUUGGCAGAGUUGAU